GAACAGAAGGAGUCAUCAGAAUCUGAGAAAUUCACCUCUGAACAGAAGUUCACCUUCUACCCUUGACCAUGACCCACUCUUGCUGCUCCCCUUGCUGCCAGCCCACCUGCUCUGAGUCCAGCUGCUGUGGACAAACCUGCAGUCAGUCCAGCUGCUGCCAACCUUGCUGUCCCCAGACACGCUGUCAAACCACCUGCUGUAGGACCACCUGCUACCAGCCAACUUGUGUGACCAGCUGUCGCCCUUCGUGCUGCAGCGCUCCCUGCUGCCAGCCCACCUGCUCCGAGUCCAGCUGCUGUGGACAAACCUGCAGUCAGUCCAGCUGCUACCAACCUUGCUGUCCCCAGACACGCUGUCAAACCACCUGCUGCAGGACCACCUGCUACCAACCAACCUGUGUGACCAGCUGCUGCCCCGCUCCCUGCUGCCAGCCCACCUGCUCUGAGUCCAGCUGCUGUGGACAAACCUGCAGUCGGUCCAGCUGCUGCCAACCUUGCUGCCCCCCAGCUUGCUGUCAAACCAUCUGCUGCCAGCCAGCUUGCUCUGGACCUGUGUACUGCCGGAGAACCUGCUACCACCCCACCUGCGUCUGCCUGCCUUGUUGCCAAGCCCAGAGCUGCGGAUCCAGCUGCUGCCAGCCUUGCUGCCACCCAGCCUGCUGUGAGUCCAGCUGCUGCCAGCCUUCCUGCUGCUGUGACAUGGAUGUGUUUGCUUUGAGAAUAAGUAAAGUCCUGCUCUUUGGUGCCAACUUUGGGGGUUGCACGUAUAAAAACUCCAGAACAGAAGUCAUUCUCAAAAACUCACCUCUGAACAGGAGCCCACCCUCCACCUCUGACACCAUGACCCACUCCUGCUGCUCCCCUUGCUGCCAGCCUACCUGCUGCAGGACCACCUGCUGCCAGCCCACCUGCAGUGGGUCCAGCUGUUGUGAGUCCAGCUGCUGCCAGCCCUGCUGCCCCCAAACUCGCUGUCAAGACACCUGCUGCAGGACCACCUGCUACCCAGCUUGUGUGACUAGCUGCCGCCCUUCCUGCUGCAGCGCUCCCUGCUGCCAGCCCACCUGCUCUGAGUCCAGCUGCUGUGGACAAACCUGCAGUCGGUCCAGCUGCUGCCAGCCUUGCUGCCCCUCAACUUGCUGUCAGACCACCUGCUGCCAGCCAGCUUGCUCUGGACCCGUGUACUGCUGGAGAACCUGCUACCACCCCAUGUGUCUGCCUUGGUGCCAAGCCCAGAGCUGCGGAUCCAGCUGCUGCCAGCCUUGCUACCGCCCAGCCUGCUGUGAGUCCAGCUGCUGCCAGCCUUGUUGCUGUUGAUCACCUUGCCAA